GCGCGCGGUGUGUAUGACCCCGCGGUAAAAUGGCGACCGCCAUGAUCGACUCGAAUCGAAGUCUAGAGGACCUUCAACAACUCCAGCCCGCCAGUUAAAAUGGAAGUUGUGAAUACAGAGACGAGGCUAGGCGAGGAAGUUCUGUCCCCCGUGUUCCUGAAGAACUCGAGAACUACUACAGCAAGGCCAACAUCCAGGACAAGGCCAGGUGUCUGGAACUGAUUACGUCAGUCAACCUUGGCCAAGAGCUGCGACGUCAGGCCAAACAGUCGGACACACGAUCAGACACACGAUUGGACACACAGUCGGUCAGACCUAGGUCAGCCAUGCCGGCAUUCGGACACAAAGAGACGUCUGCCUUGAAUCCCUACUCUACGUCAUAUGAAAGGGAUUUCCCGCCAAAAUCAGACUUUGGUGUCUGGGCUAUUCGCCCCAUGACAUCCGGCGGAUAUGCCACCACCGUCCCCAAGUCCCAACCCCCUGGCCCGACAACCUAUGACGUGGAGUUCUGCAAGAAGUCCCAGAGGCCGUCAAGUCCAGAGAGGGCUGGCACCGCUUCCGGUCAGAGAAACAAUCGACCCCACCCUACUCAGUCCUUCAUGGUGUGGCGACUGCCCCACAACUACCACAAAAACAACGUCCAGAACGAGGCUGUGUCGGAGGAACUGACCAAUGAGAAGCUGAAUCAGAUCACCAGACGGCUCUGUCACUCCACCUACCAGACGGAUUAUCUGGGCAUUCCGCAAGGUUUUCAGGUCAAGUCUGCAUUCAACCUGCCCAGCAAUUGGCGGGAAAAUGUGCCGUAUGGGAUGGAAUCAAACCAGCGUACAUCAUACCAGACGCCAUUUCAGCAGCAGCAGUUGGUUGUUCCAGUUACCCGCUACGGCAGUAACGGUCAGAAACACGUCCCAGCGUUAGCAGUCGUCCCCACAGCCAACAAGCGUCUGAUUGGCAUCAACGGGCGGACAACCUACGACAGGCACUACAACGAUAACGCUGGGCCUGUCAUUGAGCAGAUAAGGGACGUAGGCAAAAAACUGGGGGUCGAGGCUUUGAGGAAACACUAUCAGCAGAGUACAGGGCAGGACAAAGAGCUAAUCGGGAAACUUCUGGAAGAAUACAACAUCAACCAGACCCCCCUUGUGCCAGCAAUAGACAGACCAGUGUGCCCAACUCCCCCUCCCAAGUCCCGGGGGUCACCUUUCUCCCACAGGUCCCCCACCCCCAGCCAGGCAUCAAACCCCUACAACCCCUACACCGCCGGCCAGAUGACCAGCCGGAGUGUGCUCCCCACCCCUUCAGACAGACCCAGGGGCCAGUCAAGGCUACAGUCUAGUGUCAGCACAAGGAGGGGGUCACCGACCAAACUUCGGCCAAGCGUGCCAGCAGAGACCCCCAUAAUGAUGCCCCAACAGUCCCCUUUCCAGACCCAGAUGCCAGACACGCCCAUUUCAGUACCUUACACACCCCCUGCCUAUCUGUCGUAGAUUUAACACUUCAUUCUAUUUUUUUUACUUUUUUUAAAGAUAUAUUUCAAGCUAUUUCAAACUACAGUAAAUAUUCUAUAAUUCAAUGCCAAAAAAAAUACCUCUAGUCUAUUUACUUUCUCCACCAAAUAGAGAUAUUACAGUAUUGAAAAGUGUAAAUACACAAAGAGUUUCCUAUUAUAAAAUAAUAAAUCUAUUCAAAUGGCACUUGAAUGCAUUGAUAGAAUCCAAAUCUUCAAUGCCAAAAUUAUUUAUCUCAAAAUUGAUUUUUAUGUCUGUUCAUUUUUUAACAUUGUAAUUUAUUUUUAAAAAGGUAUUAAAUUGUUAUAUUAAACCACCUACAUUUUAUUUAAAGAAUUUUUAAGUCUGUUUUGCAGCACU